UAAAGUUGCUAUCAUACAGGGUUAUCACUCCAUUAGCUUUGUAAGCAGGUGUCAAGCUAGCGUAGUUCAUACGUUCUUGCUCUGGAACUUCAGCUAUUUGAGAGGUCUAGCUGAAAGAAUUGAGCGGUUUGUGAUAUCUUCUUGUCUAAGGAAAUGUGGUCGACAGAUUAUCUCCUUCUCCUUCUCACAGUUGGCUUCCUUGCAAAGAUUUACGUCUCAGCCCAACCAGGAUUUCUGAGCCUUGACUGUGGAGCUUAUGACACUCACAGGGAUGAAAAUGGUAUCGAAUGGACGCCGGAUGACAAGUAUAUCACCACUGGAAUUAAAGCCUCCAUUUCAAGUUCGGAAAAAAAUGGGACAGGUUUAGUUUUGCAGCGUCUUCGCUUCUUUAACGACACCUCUCGGAAGCACUGCUAUGCUCUGCCAGUGGUGGUAAACGAUAGCUACAUCGUGAGGCCAUGGUUCUACUACGGAAACUAUGAUGGGAUGGAAUCAACUUACACACAGUUCAACAUCAUAAUUGAUGCAAACGAUGUGGCAAACUUCAGCAUGGAUUUAACCAUAAGAAACUCUCACGAGUUUGUGAUUAAAGCCAAAAGCUCGACCCUGGAUCUAUGCUUUGGAACCCGCUCAAAUUCACCGGCAAAUAUCCCCUUCAUCUCCGCAAUCGAGCUCAGAAGGCUGGAUCCCGGUAUGAGAAUAAGUUCUUUCAAUUCUAGUGAGCUUUUGAUCACUUGGAGAAGGAUCAAUUUUGGAGCAGCUAUAAAUAAUUACAUUUGGUACCCUUCUGAUGACUAUGAUCGAUUAUGGUUAGCUGAUAAAAAUUUCCCAGACAUCAUGGGAGGAUACCAACAGAUUAAUACUACCUCAAAUGUUUCGGUGGGAAAAACAUUUGACAAGCCUCCCACAGCCGUGAUGAGUUCCGCCAUCACCUCCCAUUCCACGAUGGUUUUCCAGUUCCCACGGCUUCCCACAACGCCGACUGAAUUCUACGUUAGCUUUUACUUUGCUGAGUUUGCCGCCCUGGUGAACAACACGAGGGAGUUCCAAGUCCGUUUUAACACAAGCUUGCUUGAAUCUCCCCAGCUUUUGGCAACCAUCAACGUUGAGAAGUCUGUACAGGCUCCUCUAACGUCAUUGCAGAUGUAUUACAACUCUCGAGUGGAACUUUCUGAACCAACAAACUUCUUGUUUGUGCCCACGGUGAACUCUACGCUUGGUCCGAUUCUCAAUGCUGCUGAGCUGUGGGAGUACAAAGGAGGUCUCCUCCCAGGGACGGAAACCAACGAUGUGGCAGCUAUACUUGAUGUGAUGAAAGAUUUUCACAUGACUGAAUGGUCAGGAGACCCUUGCUUGCCUGAUGCUUACACCUGGAAAUGGAUUACUUGCGAUGUAGCUCAAAUCCCAGCAAGAAUUAUAGAGCUGAACUUGUCUAGCAGUGGACUCAAAGGAACCAUAUCACUGUCCAUCACAAAGCUAUCUCAUCUAACAAAAAUCUAUCUGGAUAAUAAUGCAUUGACAGGGCGUGUUCCAGAUUUUAGCUCCUUGAAAAACCUCACGGUUUUGUCAUUAGAGAACAACAGUUUGGAUUGCCUACCACCAGCACAUGUACACUUCUCUUACAACGCUACUUUUAGCUUGUGUGAGAAGAAACAUACAACACUUAUAUUUGAAGUAGUGGUACCAUGUGCAGCCUUAUUGUUACUUGGAGCUGGACUUGUGGUUUGUUUCUUUUCCCGUAGAAAAACUUCAAAAUCCAUCACAGUACAGAACAGGAAUCCAAGCUUGUCUCUAAAAUCUCCAAACUCUAGCACUAAAAUGAUUGCUUACAAGGAUGUGAUUGAGGCCACAAGCAACUUCAAGAAAGUCAUUGGUGAAGGAAGUUUUGGACCCGUGUACUAUGGCUGCCUUUCAAAUGGUGUUGAAGUUGCAGUCAAGGUUUUAUCCAGUAACUCAAAGCAAGGAUAUCAAGAAUUUCAAACUGAGAUUGAUAUUUUAUCAGUUGUACACCACAAGAACUUAGUGCCCUUUCUUGGUUACUGUACUCAAAAGUCCAAGCUCAUACUGGUCUACGAGUUCUUGUCGAAUGGAGCGUUGAGGGAGCACUUGUAUGGUGAAGGUAAAAGAUAUCCAACUCUAAGCUGGAAAACUCGGCUUGGAAUAGCUCUAGAUGCUGCUCAAGGCUUGGAGUAUUUGCACACAUCUUGCAAUCUACACAUAAUCCAUCGAGACGUCAAAACAAGCAAUAUACUAUUAAGUUUUGAUAUGGUUGCAAAAGUCAGUGACUUCGGUCUCUCCAAGUUUUAUGACAGUAACAAAGCAUCUCAUGUUUCAACUGGCAUCAAAGGAACUCCAGGAUAUCUUGAUCCAGAGUACCAUUCCUAUAGCAGGCUCACAGAGAAAUCAGACGUAUACAGCUUUGGAGUGGUACUAUUUGAGAUUGUUUGCGGACGUGAGCCCCUCAAUUUCACACUUCUUGAGGAACAAAUUGUUCUUUCGGAAUGGGCAUGCAAGGAACUUGAGAAAGGCAACCUACGAACAGUAGUCGAUCCCAAGUUAUCCGACUAUGGAGAGAAAGCAGCACUGAAAGUUUUGGAGGUGGCAAGAAAAUGUGUGGAACGUUCUCCCCACGGGAGGCCUAACAUGAGCACUGUCGUGAUCCAGCUGAGAGAGGCCAUCCAACUCGAGGAGGACGGAAGUUCCCUGCCAAAAUCCAUGGAAAUAUUCACUGGAGGAAGAUAGAUAUGCAAAUAUACUAAGAUUGUGGAUAUAUACUUUACUAUGGCAUUUUUAACUACAUAUAAUAAUAAUAAUAAUAAAACUUCUACUUUAAUGUU